AUGACGGAUCGGGAACGAAUACUGCAACUCUACGAAAAAGGCCACAAAAUCAGUCACAUCGCAAGAAUGAUCGGAGUGACACAUAGUUGUGUGUCAAAGAUUAUGACAAGGUUGAAAGGGGAUAGGAACGAAAUUCAAAGG